GAUCUAGUACUGCAUCUGAUGUAGUCUGGCAUUGGGCAUAUCAUUUGAAUAAUUCUCUCUGAAACGCAAACCAUCAUUCAAGGAAUUUAUCAGAAUAACACGGAUAAAACUAUGUAGCACUUAAAAACAAGAUUCUACAAUUAAACUUUGAAAUUCUCCAAUUGGGGCUCCAGUUAUCCUAGUGGACAAGACUUCGGGAAUGCAAUGGCAGGUAAAAGUCCUUCUAUUAUUUCUGGAAGUGUUAAAGGGACACUCAGUUGAUAAAGAAGCAAUUCAAGUGCUACUGGUUACGUAGGGCCUAAUAAAAAUAGUUUUGAAAUAAAACAGUGAAAAAAUUGUAAGGAUACAUGAAGUUGGAAUGUAAGAGAAGAGCCACCAACCCACAGAAUUCUGCUGCACAAUCAUUCACCAUAAUAUUCCUUCUUCAACGACAGUUGCUGUAUACCGCAGUCAAUGUCCAUGUCAAGGCAUUAAAAACCAAUAUUUAGAGAAUGAUCUUCAACUUCUCCAAAAUCCCCUUCCAUUUUCAGAGACCAUGGCACAUCGAGCAACGCAACUGAAUAUCACCCUGCGUCAAUUGAAAUGGGAUCAGAACCGCCGACGAUCGCCAACUCGCUCGGAAAGGAUCCGCCAAGUACAGCAGCUAAUCCGACAGCUGGAUAGUCAGUUUCGCCAGAUGUCCGACCAAGACUUGAAAAAGCCCGUAAGAGUUAACGGUUUCACGUUUCCCCUGUCCUGCGAGGAGAACAUCGAGCUACUCGAGCUGAUGGUACAGCGGAAUCCAAGUAUUCGUGAGCAGAUUGUCAACUAUCUGUGCAAGCGGAAAUCAUUUAGUGAUACGGUCGUGGAAUGUUUUAGGUUUUUUUCACCGAUGAGGCCAUGGCGCGGUACAACUGCAGAGGGCUCGAUCGCGAUCAGUGCCCGCGAAAGGCUAUGAUGAACUACAGCAUCUUUACAGAUUGUAUGGUACGUAUGUUU